AUGACGAACUGUUUGAGCAAGUUACCCUACGUCUCCGCUGCGUGCGGAACGGCAUCACUCCUCCUGUACCUUUUCCCUUCGACUCUCCUUUCAUCUGUGCCUCAUUCAGCGGAGACGUCUCCUGCGCUCCUGCGAAUUCUGUCGACUCUCGUGAACACGAGUUUUAGUUGCGUUUUUGGUUCUGCAACGUGGGUUUUCUUCGUCAUGUCCCCCAUUCUCCGGACGACAUUGAGCAGGUGGAAGCUCGCGGAGGUCCAGUCGAUCCACUUCCCUAUUUUUUUCUGCGCCUCCACGGUGCUUUCUUCAACUCUUCUCUCGACUGUAUGCUACAUGGGCGUCGGCUACAGCAAGCUUCACAUGGCCGCUGCUGUCAACGUCUUCGGAAACCUCAUCAACUCCUGCUACCUUGCGCCACGACAGAUCUCACUGCUGGAACGACGCAGAGAGCUGGAGGAACAGCUCGGCAUUGAGAGUACAGAGAAUGUGGAGGCGGCGGUGGAAGUCGCUCGCCGAGCGGCACGAGGAGGUGAUGGUGACCAGGCAGCUGCGGGGCUGGAGUAUCAGGAUGUUGUGAAGGCGUUCAAGAGGUACCACUCGUUGGGCAUGGCUGUUGGUUUCGUUUCAUUCGCCUCUCUCCUGCCGUUCCUUGUCUCCUAA